AUGGCUGCAGCAAACGUUACCCAUACUAGACUGGAUUUGUUCCUUGCUGAGGCGAAGAAGAAGGACUUUCCACUACACUACACGUUCAUGGAUUGCGCUUUGAGAGUUUAUGGGGUAUUUGUGGUCUGGCUGCAUUUUGUCAUGUACCUCAUAUUCAAGUAUAUACAUCGCGAUAUCGACAUCUCCUUGGGGGUGGAUGAUGACGAAACCACGAUCGCAUCGGAAGUUGUGGUGACGGAGGUAUUACCGGAGAUAGAAGCUUCGGAGAAGCCGCGGAAUUUGAUAACUGUCUCAACGAAAUUCAAAAAGUCGAGCAAGAAGAAGGAGUAUGCAAAGAUCUCAGAAAAAGAAUUAAAAAGUGAAUCGGAAAAAAUCGUGAAAAGUGAGAAAACUCAAGAAAACGAAGACGAAGAACAUUUACAGUUGAUGAGAAAAUUCCUUGCUCAAAAUGACAUGUCACAGCCAGAAAAGCCGUUCACUGUCCAAGACUUGCCGCUUUGGAUUGCGCUUAUGGAUAAUACCGACGAUGACAAGCCAACAAGUGAAUUGAGACUGAAGAUGGCCGAUUGGUUGCUUAGACGUGGUGGCAUGGACCAACUUCCCAAGGGCAUUUCACCCGUUCCGCUGAGAUCAGCAUCGUCUACAACCAAAUCAAAAGGAGGUGAAGAAAUACAAUAUACACGAGCACCCAAAGGCGAACAAGUGGACAAACUAGCCAGUAUGGAGCGUUUUCUCGAAAAGCUAAAUUCCACGGAGCAUUUUAGCGGAUCUGGUGAUUCUCUCGAGCAGGUGCCCCUAGUGACUAAAGUCCGAACAACAAAAACUACGCCACAGUCAAAAAAAUCCCCAAAGCGUGCCGGAGCAGGAGGAGAAAUGAAAGAAGAUAUUACGCAGAUUUCUACCAGAGUGGAGGAAUUUCUAAACGAUGAAUAA